GCUGCUAGGCUGCGGGGCGCUUUGACUCUCCCUCCACCCUUCCUCCUUGGGCUCCUCUCCUUUGCCUCCUGGACUUCUGUCUCCUGCGCUUCUUGGAGGCCCCUCCUUAUGGCAAGAGCUUAUCGCAUCUCUGGAGUUGCUUCUCAGCGGAGGACCCUCUCACUCCCCGGGCUGAGCCGGGUCACUGGAUGUUGCUGAAACUCUCGAGAUCAUGCGCGGGUUUGGCUGCUGCUUCCCCGCCGGGUGUCACUGCCACCGCCGCCGUCUCUGCUGCCACCGUCCGCGGGAUGCUCAGUAGCCCGCUGCCUGGUCCCCGAAAUUCUGUGUUCUUCAGAAGCCGUUUGCUGCUGCAGAGUUGCGAGAACUAGUCAUGGUGCUGUGGGAGUCCCCGCGGCAGUGCAGCAGCUGGACACUUUGCGAGGGCUUUUGCUGGCUGCUGCUGCUGCCGGUGAUGCUACUCAUUGUAGCCCGCCCAGUGAAGCUCGCUGCUUUCCCUACCUCUUUAAGUGACUGCCAAACACCCACCGGCUGGAACUGCUCUGGUUAUGAUGACAGAGAAAAUGAUCUCUUCCUCUGUGACACCAACACCUGUAAAUUUGAUGGGGAAUGUUUAAGAAUUGGAGACACUGUGACUUGCGUCUGUCAGUUCAAGUGCAACAGUGACUAUGUGCCUGUGUGUGGCUCCAAUGGGGAGAGCUACCAGAAUGAGUGUUACCUGCGGCAGGCUGCGUGCAAACAGCAGAGUGAGAUACUUGUGGUAUCAGAAGGAUCGUGUGCCACAGAUGCAGGAUCAGGAUCUGGAGAUGGAGUCCAUGAGGGCUCUGGAGAAACCAGUCAGAAGGAGACAUCUACCUGUGAUAUUUGCCAGUUUGGCGCAGAAUGUGAUGAGGAUGCUGAGGAUGUCUGGUGUGUGUGCAACAUUGACUGCUCUCAAACCAACUUCAAUCCCCUCUGUGCUUCUGAUGGGAAAUCUUAUGAUAAUGCAUGUCAAAUCAAAGAAGCAUCAUGUCAGAAACAGGAGAAAAUUGAAGUCAUGUCUUUGGGUCGAUGUCAAGAUAACACAACUACAACUACUAAAUCUGAAGAUGGGCAUUACGCAAGAACAGAUUAUGCAGAGAAUGCUAACAAAUUAGAAGAAAGUGCCAGAGAACACCACAUACCUUGUCCAGAACAUUACAAUGGCUUCUGUAUGCAUGGGAAGUGUGAGCAUUCUAUCAACAUGCAGGAGCCGUCUUGCAGGUGUGAUGCUGGUUAUACUGGACAACACUGUGAAAAAAAGGACUACAGUGUUCUCUAUGUUGUUCCUGGUCCUGUACGAUUUCAAUACGUCUUAAUUGCAGCUGUAAUUGGAACAAUCCAGAUAGCUGUCAUCUGUGUGGUGGUCCUCUGCAUUACAAGGAAAUGCCCCAGAAGCAACAGAAUUCACAGACAGAAGCAAAACACAGGGCACUACAGUUCAGACAACACAACCAGAGCGUCCACGAGGUUAAUCUAAGGGGAGCAUGUUUCACAGUGGCUGGACUACCGAGAACUUGGACUUCACAAUACAGUAUUAUAGACAAAAGGAUAAGACAAGAGAUCUACACAUGUUGCCUUGCAUUUGUGGUAAUCUACACCAAUGAAAACAUGUACUACAGCUAUAUUUGAUUAUGUAUGGAUAUAUUUGAAAUAGUAUACAUUGUCUUGAUGUUUUUUCUGUAAUGUAAAUAAACUAUUUAUAUCACACAAUAUAGUUUUUUCUUUCCCAUGUAUUUGUUAUAUAUAAUAAAUACUCAGUGAUGAGAAAAAAUUGGCAUUCUUAAAUCUGCGGUAUUUCCUAACUCUGAAUAUAAUCCAGCUAGUACAAUCUGUACAGGUACCAGUAUUUUAUCUCUUUCCACAUCUGGAGACAGCACAUUAGUUUAUACAGGACGCGGUGGCUAAGUUUUGAGUGAUUCCAAGAUCAAGGGAAAUGAUGGUUAUUGGAAAAGAGAAAAAAUAAUUUACUUUAUAUCGAGUGAGGAUAAAAUAUUUCUGAUCUUUGAAUCAUUUCUAUUUCAUCUACAUUCUUCCCUGGUCUUCCAUUUUCAUCCCCAGAGCAGAAAAUCUAGGGCAUAUAAAUUAAAUCAAAGAAGAAGGGGAGGGAAAGUAUUUUAUAACUCAUAAAGGAGAGGGAAAGAAGAUAUUGGUUUUAUUUGGGAAACGGCUAAGAAUCUCCCAGUUAAGUGUUUUUAUCCGAAGGGUCCUGAGUGAGUUAAUUAUUAGGUAUACACACAGUGGAAAAGUCUAUUCCAUUUAGGUGAAUGGAAUUAACAGUGAGGGGGAAAAUUUAAUAACUCGGUAAAUUGCCAAAAUUGUGACUUCUCAGAAACACCUCACUAUAUUUGUAGUAUGAGAUUUUGAAAAAGAAGUUAGGCUUACAACCAAAUACCCCAUAAAUAGCUUUACGACUAAUGAGGCACCAUUAUUUAGAAUGGAAUUAAGACAAUGACAAUAUUGCAUGAAAACAGACAAUUAAUCCCAUAGCAUCUGAAGGAUGUUAGUGAAAUUCUGGUGUUGAUUUUUGUUUGAUUUAAGCAUAUGAAUAACUAUGGCCAUUUUAGGGAAAAAAAUAAAUUAUGAAUAUUCUCAAGGAAUAAGAUUAAAAUAACUAAUCAAAUAGUUGCCUUAUUAUAUUUAUCACUGGAUAGCUUUCCAUGGCUCAUACAGUAAAUUUAAAUAAAGCUUUCUUUGUAUCCUUCAAGUGACCUCUCUGUCUACCAAAAGGAAUGAUGCUCCUAUGUCCAAAAAAAGGACACAAAUAUCAAACCAAUAUAUUCUGAAUACAAAAUUAUUCAGUGAAAAAUAAAUGUAUAAGGUAUUUGUUAAAACAUAAAGGUGACAAUAUAAAUGGGAUUUAAGACAUUAAAAAAUCUGGUUUUCCAGAUCAGUCAUAGUUUGAAGGGUGUGACUGUAUUGGCAUAACCAUCACUCAAAUUUUUUUAUAUAGGCCAGUCCUGUGAUACUUGGAUAAGACAAUUCCUUUUAAACUGCUGCAUGG